AUGUCUCGCUUGAAGAUGUUGUUGGCAAUGCUACAGAUCUGCCGCCUUCUACCAAGUAUUGCCAGUUCAUGCCCAACGAGUGGUCGAGACGAGUACAGACUCCUGUAUCGACCCAGCGGUAUCGAGAUCUUCCUCGAGCCUGCUCAUGUUACGAAAACCUACCCAGCCCAUCAAUAUGAACAAGCAAAACAGCAAGCAGGGACCGUCUACGAAGUACUCCGAUGCACGUGUAGCCUGGUCUUCGGUCCUCGAGGAAGCAGCGUCAAGCCAUCCACGCUAGCGGAAGUACUUUGCGCCACCCGUGAUAUUCUGGAAGCUUUGGUGAAGCUGCACUCAAUUUCGUGGAUGCACCGAGACAUUCGAUGGUCCAAUGUGGUGAAAAUCUGUGGCAACAAUUCCGAGUCGUGGUUUCUGAUUGACUUCAUGGAUGCUGCCGAGAGUCCUCAAGACGCUGAAAGUGCAAAACACUUGUCGCGUUCUAUUCACGCUCCGGAAAUGUUUACAGACCCUACCCACACAACUGCUGUGGAUAUCUGGUCUGUAGGUCGCUUGCUCAAGUCCGUUGGAGAUAUUUGGGGAGAUUCAGGCGACAGGGAUGCAUUCGUGCGGGAAUUGAUGCAUGAACUGCCGACGCAAAGACCAACUGCUAAGAAAGCCCUUGCAAGGCUGAAGGAGCUUGGACAACAAUACAUCGGGACAUGGAGUGACGAGCCGGAGGCUAGCAAAGAAAUGUGA